AUAGUGAAUUGUGAUAAUAGGUGGAAAAUUGAUUUUAAAAUUGUUGAAAUUUGUAUUCAAGUCACUGACUAUUCUUGACUUUCUUGUAUUGUAUAAUUAUUUGUUAAAAUAUUAAAUAAUGUCGAUCGAUGCAAUCGAACUAGCUCUUGUAGAAGUAAUCAAUGAAUUGAUUACUUUAAAAAGAAAGAAUCAGAGGUCAAAAAAAUUAUGGGUGCGAAGUUGGAUUGAGCGAAGAAACCAAUUAGGAAUUUCAAACACUCUUUUAAAAGAGUUAGCAGUUGAAGAUACCUCAAGCUACUUCAACUUUUUAAGAAUAAACGAAGAGAUGUUUAAUGUAUUGCUUCAAAAGAUGGCACCUAAGAUUCAAAAGCAGAAUACCAUGAUGAGGGAAGCAUUACCUGCUAAGUUAAAACUUGAAGUAACAUUGAGAUAUUUGGCUACUGGUGAUUCCUAUAAAACAUUACAAUACAUAUAUAGGGUCGGAAAAUCGUCAAUAAGUGAAUUUGUACCAGAGGUGUUCAAUGCAAUAUUAGAAGAACUGAAAGAAUAUAUUGAGGUUCCACGUGAGAAAUCUAAAUGGAACAAAAUAAUGGAUGGUUUUAAUUCAUUGUGGAAUUUUCCCAAUUGCAUCGGGGCAAUUGAUGGUAAACACAUCGUUAUGGAAUGUCCAGCAAAUUCCGGGUCCAACUAUUUCAACUAUAAAGGGACGUUCAGUAUUGUAUUAUUAGCUCUGGUUGACCAUAAUUAUAACUUCACUUGCAUAGAUAUUGGUAGUUAUGGUAGCAAUUCUGAUGGCGGUAUAUUUGCCAAAUCUGCUUUAAAAAAGGCAAUAGAAGAACACGUGUUGCAUACACCAACAGAUUCUGUGAUUUUGGGAGACGAUGCUUUUCCGUUACUACCAUAUUUAAUGAAACCUUAUGCCAGACGCAACCAUUUAACAGAACGAGAGAAGGUUUAUAAUUAUAGGCAUUGUCGUGCAAGACGUAUAGUGGAAAACGGAUUUGGUAUCCUAUCAAGUCGUUUUCGUGUAUUUAGAAGGCCAAUAACAUUAACACCAGAAAAUACAAUACAAUUAGUAAAAGCAGCUUGUGCACUUCAUAACUGGAUCAGAAAAAGUGGAAAGAAUCCAAAUUCAAUAUCUGUAGAUAUAGAAGAUACAGAAACUGGACGUCUUCUUAAUGGCUCAUGGAGGAAUGAUACUAGUCCUACUGGUUUACAGCAUUUGGGAACAAUAUUGCAGCGAAAUUCUAAUACAGAAGCAAAAGAUAAAAGAAAUAGUUUGGCCGAUUAUUUUGUCGAAGAAGGAGCAGUGGUUUGGCAGAAUCGAAUGAUUUAAUACAAAAUGUAUACAUUUUUUGAAAACAAGAUUUUAUAACUAUAACAGAUCCAAUAAAUUAUUAAUAUUGUAGCAAACAAAUAUAUUUUUAAAAACUUACUAGAUUUGUUUCUGAUUGUUUAACACCAUCAUUAUUUUUUUUCAAAAAAUUGUCCGCAUACUCAAACCACUGCAGUUUUGGAACAUAAACAUUUGCAGUACCAGAUCCUGUA